AUCCCAGAGGAGGUCGCCAUGGGGACUUAGACCAGGUGUGGGGACCAGAGGCGGCAUCCCCACCUCUUCUCCCUGACUCCCCAGAUUUCGGAUGAUGACUCUGACUCCAGAACCAUGAAUUCUCAUCCCAGGGUGACACCCCAGAGCUCGGAUAAUGGGCAGUUGCUAGUCUGUGAGGCGUCUAGCCCAGCACUGGAGGCCCCCAUCAAGGCCUCAUUCACCGUGAAUGUUCUGUAAUAGCCAGCCGGCGUCCACAGUGUGGGGCACAGAGCACACCCAGGCCGUGGCCCGCAGUGUGCUGGUGAUGACAGUGAGGCCAGAAGACCAUGGAGCGCGGCUCAGCUGCGAGGCCCAUAACAGCGUGUCUGCAGGGACCCAGGAGCGCAGCAUCAUGCUGCAGGUCACCUUUCCCCCUAGUGCCAUUACUAUCCUGGGAUCUGCAUCCCAGGUUGAGAACAAGAACGUGACACUCUCCUGUGUCAGCAAGUCCAGUCGCCCACGGGUCCUGCUACGAUGGUGGCUGGGCUGGCGGCAGCUGCUGCCCAUGGAGGAGACGAUCAUGGAUGGAUUACAUGGUGGUUACAUCUCCAUGUCCAACCUGACAUUCCUGGUGCGGCGGGAGGACAACGGUCUGACCCUCACAUGUGAGGCCUUCAGUGAAGCCUUCGCCAAGGAGAACUUCAAGAAGUUGCUCACCCUGAACGUAAAAUAUCCCGCCCAGAAACUGUGGACUGAGUGUGCCCCAGAGGGGCAGAAGCUCCGGGCUGGGACCCGGGUGAGGCCGGUGUGUUUGGCCAUCAGGGGCAACCCAGAGCCCUCCCUCACAUGGUACAAGGACUCGCGCACUGUGACUGAGUCGCUGCUGCCGCAGGAGCCGCGGUGCAUGCAGCUCGGCAACGUGGAGAAAUCUGGGAGCACCUUCUCCCGAGAGCUGGUGCUGGUCACAGGGCCGUGGGACAACCAGGCCAAGUUCAUGUGCAAGGCUGGCCAGCUCAGCGCGUCCACGUAGCUGGCGGUGCAGUUUCCCCCAACUAACGUGACGAUCCUGGCCAACGCAUCCGCACUGCCCCCGGGGGACGCCUUAAACUUGACAUGCAUCAGCGUUAGCAGCAACCCGCCGGUCAACUUGUCCUGGGGCAAGGAAGGCGAGAGGCUGGAGGGCUUGGCCGUCCCGCCCCGGAGAGCCCCGUUCAAAGGCUCCGCCACGGCCAGAAGCGUCCUUCUGCAAGUGUCAUCCCUCGAUCAUGGCCAACGCGUAACCUGCCGCGCCCACAGCGCCAAGCUCCGCGAAACCGUGAGCUCCUUCUAUCGCCUCAACGUCCUGUACCGUCCAGAGUUCCUGGGGGAGCAGGUGCUGGUGGUGACCGCGGUGGAGCAGGGUGAGGCGUUGCUGCCCGUGUCCGUGUCCGCUAACCCCGCCCCCGAGGCCUUCAACUGGACCUUCUGCGCCUAUCGCCUCAGUCCAGCGGGCGGCCCCCGGCAUCGCAUCCUGUCAGGCGGGGCUCUGCAUCUGUGGAAUGUGACCGCGGACGACGGCCUCUAUCAGCUGCACUGCCAGAACUCCCAGGGGACCUCGGAAGCGCUGCUGCGGUUGGACGGGCACUAUGCUCCCACCAUCCGUGCCCUCCAGGACCCCACUGAGGUGAAUGUUGGGGGUUCUGUGGAUACAGUCUGCACGGUUGAUGCCAAUCCCAUUCUCCCAGGCAUGUUCAGCUGGGAGAGACUGGUGAGGACCCAGCCUUUGGUGAAAGGAGAAGAGGAGGAGGACCAGAGCCUGGAUGACAUGGCGAAGAUAUCCAAGGGACCCACGGGGCACCUGCAGAUUCACCAGGCCAAACUGGCCCAGGCUGGUGCUUACCAGUGCAUCGUGGACAAUGGGGUGGCGCCUCCAGCACGAGGGCUGGUCCGUCUUGUUGUCAGAUUUGCCCCCCAGGUGGAGCACCCCACUCUCCUAACUAAGGUGGCUGCAGCUGGGGACAGCACCAGUUCUGCCACCCUCCACUGCCGUGCCCGAGGUGUCCCCAACAUCGUUUUCACUUGGACCAAAAAUGGGGUCCUUCUGGAUCUCCAAGAUCCCAGGUACACAGAGCACACAUACCACCAGGGUGGUGUCCACAGCAGCCUCCUGACCAUUGCCAAUGUGUCUGCAGCCCAGGAUUACGCCCUCUUCACACGCACAGCCACUACCCUAGGCUCGAACCAAGCCAACAUUCAAUUCGUCAGCAUCAGCCGCCCUGACCCUCCAUCAGGAUUAAAGGUUGUGAGUCUGACCCCACACUCUGUGGAGUUGGAGUGGAAGCCGGGCUUUGAUGGGGGCCUGCCACAGAGGUUCUGCAUCAAGUAUGAGGCCCUGGGGACUCCAGGGUUCCACUAUAUGGAUGUCCUACCACCCCAGGCCACCACCUUCACACUGACUGCUCUGCAGCCUUCUACACGAUACAAGGUCUGGCUGCUGGCCAGCAAUGCCUUGGGAGACAGUGGACUGGCUGACUAGGGGACCCAGCUUCCCAUCACUACCCCAGGUCUGGACCAGCCUUCCAGAGAACCUGAAGACCAGUUGCCCAUAGAGCCGCCUGCAGGACCCUCGGGGCUGCCCCUGCUGCCUGUGCUGCUUGGUCUUGGGGGGCUUCUGCUCCUCUCCAAUGCCUCCUGUGUCGGGGGGGUCCUCUGGCAGCGGAGACUCAGGCGUCUUGCUGAGGGCAUCUCAGGGAAGCCAGAGGCAGAGUCAGAGGACCGAGUCAGGAACGAAUAUGAGGAGAGCCAGUGGACAGGAGAGCAGGACACUCGGAGCUCCAUGGUCAGCACAACAGAGGCAGAGCCGUAUUACCGCUCCCUGAGGGACUUCAGCCCCCAGCUGCCCCUGACACAGGAGGAGGUGUCUUAUUCCCAAGGUUUCACAGGUGAAGAUGAGGAUAUGGCCUUCCCUGGGCACUUGUAUGAUGAGGCAGAAAGAACGUACCCCCUGUCUGGAGCCUGGGGACCCCUCUACGUUGAAGUGCAGAUGGACCUCUGGAACCUCCGCUGGCCUGAAGACGCAUAUCAGGAUCCAAGAGGAAUCUAUGACCGGGUGGCAGGAGACUUGGACACUCUGGAACCUGAUUCUCUGCCCUUCGAGCUGAGGGGACAUCUGGUGUGAGAGCCCUCUCAACCCCCUUGUCCUGCACCUGCAGGAAUUUACACUCCACUGGUCCCUUUCAUUACCGCCUGAGCCGAGCCGGUUAGGUGAGCUCUAUAAAAUGCAAAGGGACUCGGCUUUGUCAGGAGAGGACAUGGAAGGGGCUGAGUGACAGAAGCUGGUACCAGACUAGAAACAAGGUAUAUCCUGGGGUUGGCUUUAGAUUCUAAACUUUUCCGAAAGGACAGGGCAGAUUGUAAAUGGCAUCUCAGAAAUGAAAUGCUGCCAGGUGCGGUGGCUCACGCCUAUAAUCCCAGCACUUUGGAAGGCCAAGGCAGGUGGAUCACCUGAG